CUGUUCCACCCGAAACCAAUGUCCGUCCCAUAUCGGAACCAAAACCCGAUGCUAACGCUUCGGUAGCCCAGCUCCAGUAGUCCAGCCAAAUCCAGUCGAAGAAUGCGCGGGACUCUGUCUACCUCGUAGUUCCAAUUCUUUAUCCAGGCAGGAAGGCAUCUCUCUCUCUCUAUAAUAUACACACGUUAAAUCAGUUGGCGCUCUUGAGAUGCGAGUGAUGUUAAUGGGUCAGUGAUACAGAUGAUGAUAGGCUCAAGCGGUCCCUUCUACAACACACCAUGGGAUCGAUUCUUCUACUUCUUCCCCUGUCUGUCUGAUCCAGCUCGGAGAAAUUCCUUGUGUUUGAAACUUGCAUUGGUGACGGUGCAUCUGAUCUAUGUUGGCAUUCUUUUUCUUUUCGGAGAUUUGAUAGAGAAAACAACACGAGAACCAUGGUACACAGCACUGUACAUGUUGUUGGUUGUUGCUACAUUGGCUCAAUAUUUCUUAACCGCCGGUUCUUCUCCUGGGUAUGUUCUUGAUGCAAUGAGGGCUGCUAAUGAGACAGAUGCCUUGUUUAGAAGGACAUCAUUGAACUCAGAACAACCUACUUCAAGCAAAAAUGGCAGCUUAGUUGUUACUCUGAGUGAGAAUCAAUUGGGGAAAAAUCUGUUAGGGAGUAAUGCAACAUCAUGGACAAAGCUGGUGAUGGAAAUGUAUCCUCCUGGAUUUUCAAUAAGAACAUUGACUUGCACUUAUUGUAAUGUUAUGCAGCCCCCACGUGCGAAGCAUUGUCAUGAUUGUGACAAAUGUGUUCUUCAGUUUGAUCAUCAUUGUGUUUGGCUUGGGACAUGCGUAGGACAGAGAAACCAUUGUCGAUUUUGGUGGUUCAUAUGUGAGGAAACAGCAUUGUGCAUUUGGACUGGCAUCAUGUACAUUGCAUACCUGAAGGCUUAUAUAUCAAAGUCAUGGUGGAUAAAUGUAAUCAUGAUAUCGUUGUUGGCUACCUUAUUAGUUUCCCUGAUAUUUCUGCUGCUGCUCCUCCUUUUUCAUAGCUUUCUUGUUCUGACAAAUCAAACUACCUAUGAACUUGUAAGACGACGUCGGAUCCCUUAUUUGAGGGGGAUUCCUGAAAGUGUGUCUCCAUUUAGUAAAGGGGCAUGCAGAAAUUUGUACGACUUCUGUUGUGCUCAACGCAGCAUAUAUAGUAUGGAACCACUGCCAACAGCACAGGAACUUGAAGAAAAGUCAAAACCCUACACAUGUUUGGAUGCUUUAUCUUGUCGCUGUUGCUGUUGAGUGGGUUGAAUCUUUUACAGUGCAUUUUUUUUCCCCAAAAUAUAUUGCGAUUGUUAUGUAAAAAUGUGACAAUUCAUCCAUUUAUGCACAUAGUUUCAGGAUAUGGGAUCAUAAAUAUGUUGUUGUCCACAUGUUUGUACGUCAUGCAGAUUGUUGAGUCGGUUUGUUUGGUCCUCGUACAUUUUGCUUGCAUAAAACAUGAGGAACGUUUUUUACUA